UCUUCUUCGAUUCACCCGCCAUCUUCUCUAUGACUUAUGGGGGAGGAAAGAGACUUUGUGCGUGACGUGUGAUAAAACACGAAUUUUUUUUUUAUAAAAAAACCGGGUAAAGUACGAAGAAAAAUACGUACGAGGUAUUUUUAGCAUCUUAUCAUUAUCAUUCUGAACGUUUUAUCAUUGCUGCUAGUAUUAAUUUGCGUGCAUGAGAAGAGCAUUUACGUUCUAACCUAUAAAGUGAAAUGAUCGUUGCACUUCAUUCUCUUGCAAGAUCUAUCGUGUAAUUUGAGAAAAAUGCCAAAAAAACCAAGUAAACCGUUACGCGGCGGCCGUGGUGGAAGAUCUGGGAAUUUCGAAGAUAAACACUAUUUUGGUCAUGAUUAUCGUGUAGCUAGAAACGAUGGUAAUUCAUAUCAUACCCAUAACAGACCCAGAGUAUCAUUCAAAACACAAGCAAGACCAGCAAGAGAUGUACCUAGGAGUCUGGCACUAGCAUGCUUAGAUGAAGAUGUACAAAUGGCAACAAGUUCAAAUAAUAAUAAUAGGCAAGUUAUAAUAACAGGGAGAAAUAGGGGCACGCAACGUGGAAGAAAUAGUCCAGUCCCCAAUAGAAGAUUUAGAAUGGGUUUGGUACCUAGACUCAAACGAAUUCCUCUUGGAGAACCUAGUUGGUAUAAAAUUACUAUACCAUAUGGACAUAAAUAUGACAAAGAUUAUAUAAUAAAUAAUCUUCUCAGUUAUAUUGCACCGGAAACUUUCAUUCCAAUAAUGUACAAGGUGUUUGGAAAUGAAGCCAAUUUUUAUGUGGAUGAUAAUAAAGUAGCAGUUGCAUUACUUGAGUGUGAUCGUAAAAUUACAACUACCGAUGGGUACAAAUUGUUAAUAAGAGUUACAAAACCACCAUUUCCUCAGUGUGAAAUUGAUGCUAAACUGAAAGAAAGAUUAAAACAAGCCAUGGCGAAACGAUAUGUACAUGCGACAAAUGCACUAGACUUGUCAAGGUUUCACAGAGAUCCUGAUCUUACUUCUGAUUAUUUUUGUGCACUGUUCCGGCCUCAAAUUUUGAAAGCAGUAUUGGACAUUGUAUCAGAACACAUACCAGAUUUAGAGGCACUAAAUUUAGAUGGAAAUAAAUUGCAGAUACUUGAAAGAUUAAGUAUCUUGAAUCACAAAUUUUUAAAGUUAAAGAUACUGUACAUUGGAGAUAAUAGAAUAAAUGACAUGAAUCAAAUGGAUACUAUUAAAGAUUUGAAGUUGGAGGAGCUCAAACUGGCAGGGAAUCCAAUAUGCAACAAGUAUAAAUCCCGACAAAAUGAUUAUAUUAGCGACGUGCGGAAACGGUUUCCUAAACUCCUGCGACUGGACGGUAUGGAUCUUCCAAAACCGAUAUUGUUCGAUGUUGUGGACGAAGGAAAUAAAAUGCCACCCUUUCAAAGAAUGUUUGUUGCAAAUGCAAAAGCGCAACAAGUUGCAAGUCAAUUUUUGCAACAAUACUUUCUGAUAUUCGAUAGUGAGAAUCGUGAACCAUUGCUAGAUGCAUAUGUCGAACAUGCAUGUUUCAGUAUGACUGUGUUUUAUCCUCAUAAUCCUCACAACCCAAACAAAUUGAAUGGUUACCUGAUGGAAAAUAGAAACUUGUACAGAAUAAAUGAUACAAACAAAAGACAAAAAUUACUAAAACAGGGACGUUUACCUGUAGUUUCAUUUAUUUCUGAAAUGCCACAAACUUCUCACUAUCUGAACACAUUUACGAUGGACAUCAGUCUGAUUACGGAUGGAAUAAUGUUGAUUACGGUCACAGGGUUAUUUAAAGAACUUGACAAGAAAGAACAGCCCAUCCGUUACUUUAAUCGGACUUUCAUAAUAAUCCCGGAAGGAAGUGGUUAUUGUAUUCGAAAUGAGCAAUUAUACAUUACUCAGCCGACAGAUGCACAGUUAAAACAACUGAACAGUCAAUCAGAAGCACAAAUGACAGAUCCAGGAUCACAAACUUCAUCAAUUAGCGGCACUACGGAACCAUUACCAGUACAAUUGUCCGAGGAUGUGAAACAACAAAUGACGAUGACGCUUAGUCAACAAACAAACAUGAAUUUGGAAUGGAGUCUGAAAUGUUUAGAAGAAGUGUCGUGGAAUUAUGAUAAUGCGCUUUCAGCGUUUCAAGAGUUUUACAAGCGGGGACAAAUACCGGCAGAAGCAUUUAAUAAAUAGGAACACUCUACAUGAAGAAGUAAGAUGUAGAGGUAUUUUUAUUCAUUUUUCGUCCUUGUUGCAUGUAUCUUUUAUAUUAUAAUCUAAGUAGAGAUGCAGGUUUUGCUGAUUAUCAAGUUUUUUUUUCUUUUAAGAAAGAUGUUAAUCUCAACAGGCAGUAAUCAUUCAUUAUUUGCAAAUCGAUGUGGAAUUUUUGUUUUUAUUUUAUUUCGUGUUAAAUUAUUAGUUGCCAUUAAGUACAUUUACUACAAAUAAAAAGAUUGCUGUAAAAUAUUGAAAAAAUCUUUUCCACAAAACAAUGUAUUUAACAACAAACUUCUUUUUAUCAGUGAAAUGCAUAAUGUUUUUACCUUCAAAGGUAAAAACAUUUGUAACGGAAUAUAAACUGUAUAUCUAUAAUUUUGAUUUUGAAAAAUCAAAUAACUGCCUUUUGAAAUUAGAAUUUAAUAAUAAUUCAUAAGUUCACAAAAUUUCACAGAAAAAUAAUAUUAAAACGCGAUACAAUUAAUGUUGAUUUCUAUUCUUUUUUUUUUUUUUUUUGUUUUUUCUUUGUUUAAAUCAAUCAUGAUGCAAUAUUACAAACUUCAUGUUUCAAUUACUUGUAACAUAUAAUUAUUAUUUUUGCAUCAAAAUAUUAUUAAUAUUAAGUUCAUCAAGAAAGGCACGAGUGAUAUUCAAAUUUCUCAAACUACUAGUUCAAUUAUUUCAUAUAUACAUAAUGAUGCACAUUUCAUAUCAUGAUCCAAAUAAUCUAUGUAUAUUUAUCCUAUUCUAGAAUGCGUGCGCGUUUGUUCUCUAAUAUUCUUAAAUAGAUAAUUCUCCACUAUACAAUUGUUAGAGGACAGAAUAUUUGUGCCUUUCUUUAAUUGAUGAAUGAGAUGUGCAUCAUUAUGUAUUUGAUAUAAAUUAAUUUACAUUAAAUUCAAUAAAGCUAUGAUAUAGUGAAAGAAUGUACAAUCUUAAAAAGAUCAUAUCACAGCUCACUCCAUAUUUUGCUGGUUGUUUAUAUUUAUUAUAAACGUAUUACAUGAACAUUUAAAAAAAUGGAAACAUCUGUCACAUAAUGUAAAAAAAAAUCUAUUCUCUUUGUAGUAGAUUUUUUUAAUUAAUUUGAUGUUAAAGUUAUUGUGAUAUGAUAUUUUUAACAAAAUAUAUUUAGCAAAAGAAUUUAACGUCGAUAGUAAAAAACAAAUACGAAUCAACCAAAUUGAAAGAUUUGAAUCAUUCAGUGGGAGUCGAAAAUCUGCAUUAACUGUACACUUUCAGAAUUCACGAAAAUCAUAUAUACUAAUGUAUUGUUAAUAUUCGUGUUCAUUGUUACAUCAUUUCGGUUAAUAAUCCAAAAAUUAGCUAUAGUUUGUGAGCAUAAAUUAUUUAUUGGCGUCCAUAAGAAACGCGUAUUAACGGGAAAAUAUUACUAAUUAUUACUAUGUAUAUCCAAGAGACAAAAAAAGAAUUAGCCCUCAUGAUCUAUAAACUAUUCAAUUUGUCCAUCUCUGGAAACGGUCGACUUGCCUAUGUGACAAGAAGAGCAUUGAUGAAAGAACGGAAAACAACAGUUCUGAUAAAGCAAUUGGGAUUCUAACAAGCAAGUUUGAUCCCCUUCCUUGUCGAAGGUUGUCGAUAUGCGACAAAGUGUGCUACGGCACAAUCACACAAUGUUCGUGUCAAGAACCAAUAUAUUAACAU